AUGAUCCGAGACUGUCUGAUUAACAACGUCACCCUCAGGAUCGGCAUUAUCCCAAAGGAGGAGGCAGAGAGGAGCAGAGGAGCAGAGAGGAGCAGAGGAGCAGAGGAAGACAUCGUUCUCUCUGUCUCCGGGACAUUCGGCUUCAGGGGGAUCCUCAAACGGGACAGGAUGAACUUCGCGGCGCAAUUUCUUUUGUCCAGAUACCUGAACGAGCAGCUGGAGAGGAUCUUCUCCCCCAAACCUGCGCUGAGAGACAGAGAGGAGCACGACCCCUUCUGGCAGAGAGAGGAGGUGCGCCUGGGCCUCUCCGCCGCCGCCGUGUGCAAGGGUCCGGUGAGUAACGGGCGCCGCAGACCCACCCUCAUCGAGCCGCACCGUCUCAAGGACUUUGGGGAAGAGGAGCCGCUGCAGAACGGGGACCUCCGGGCACAUGUGGCCACGGUGACGGAGCGGCCCCCGGUGGUCCUCAGGGAACCCCCAAAGACACGGCGCCGCAGUCAGUUCGUGCCGCGGCCUCCGGUGCCCUUCCUGCGCUUUGAGGACAUCAGCGCCGCGGCGUUUAAGAUCCAGAGCAACAUCCAGAAGACGCCCUGCACGUACUCCAGACUGUCCAAACAGUACGGGAUGGAGAUCUACCUGAAGAAGGAACACCUCCACUACACCGGCUCUGUGAAGGAGAGAGGAGCUCUGUACCUGCUGUCAUCACUAUCACAGGUACAGUCUGUGCUGUCCUCUCUAUCACAGGUACAGUCUGUGCUGUCCUCUCUAUCACAGGUACAGCCUGUGCUGUCCUCUCUAUCACAGGUACAGUCUGUGCUGUCCUCUCUGUCACAGGUACAGUCUGUGCUGUCCUCUCUAUCACAGGUACAGUCUGUGCUGUCCUCUCUAUCACAGGUACAGCCUGUGCUGUCCUCUCUAUCACAGGUACAGUCUGUGCUGUCCUCUCUAUCACAGGUACAGUCUGUGCUGCCCUCUCUAUCACAGGUACAGUCUGUGCUGUCCUCUCUAUCACAGGUACAGUCACUAUCACAGGUACAGUCUGUGCUGUCCUCUCUAUCACAGGUACAGUCUGUGCUGUCCUCUCUGUCACAGGUACAGUCUGUGCUGUCCUCUCUAUCACAGGUACAGUCUGUGCUGUCCUCUCUAUCACAGGUACAGCCUGUGCUGUCCUCUCUAUCACAGGUACAGUCUGUGCUGUCCUCUCUAUCACAGGUACAGUCUGUGCUGUCCUCUCUAUCACAGGUACAGUCUGUGCUGUCCUCUCUAUCACAGGUACAGUCUGUGCUGUCCUCUCUAUCACAGGUACAGUCUGUGCUGUCCUCUCUAUCACAGGUACAGUCACUAUCACAGGUACAGUCUGUGCUGCCCUCUCUAUCACAGGUACAGUCUGUGCUGUCCUCUCUAUCACAGGUACAGUCUGUGCUGUCCUCUCUAUCACAGGUACAGUCUGUGCUGUCCUCUCUAUCACAGGUACAGUCUGUGCUGUCCUCUCUAUCACAGGUACAGUCACUAUCACAGGUACAGUCUGUGCUGUCCUCUCUAUCACAGGUACAGUCUGUGCUGUCCUCUCUAUCACAGGUACAGUCACUAUCACAGGUACAGUCUGUGCUGUCCUCUCUAUCACAGGUACAGUCUGUGCUGUCCUCUCUAUCACAGGUACAGUCUGUGCUGUCCUCUCUAUCACAGGUACAGUCUGUGCUGUCCUCUCUAUCACAGGUACAGUCUGUGCUACUGAAUCUCGGACUGAACCUCAACCUCGGACUGUACCUCGGACUGAACCUCAAUCUCGGACUGAACCUCAACCUCGGACUGUACCUCGGACUGAACCUCAACCUCGGACUGUACCUCGGACUGAACUUCAACCUCGGACUGUACCUCGGACUGAACCUCAAUCUCGGACUGAACCUCAACCUCGGACUGUACCUCGGACUGAACCUCAACCUCGGACUGUACCUCGGACUGAACCUCAAUCUCGGACUGAACCUCAACCUCGGACUGUACCUCGGACUGAACCUCAACCUCGGACUGAACCUCAAUCUCGGACUGAACCUCGGACUGAACCUCAACCUCGGACUGUACCUCGGACUGAACCUCAACCUCGGACUACUGAAUCUCGGACUGAACCUCAACCUCGGACUGUACCUCGGACUGAACCUCAAUCUCGGACUGAACCUCGGACUGAACCUCAACCUCGGACUGUACCUCGGACUGAACCUCAACCUCGGACUGUACCUCGGACUGAACUUCAACCUCGGACUGUACCUCGGACUGAACCUCAAUCUCGGACUGAACCUCAACCUCGGACUGUACCUCGGACUGAACCUCAACCUCGGACUGUACCUCGGACUGAACCUCAAUCUCGGACUGAACCUCAACCUCGGACUUGUAGCGUGUUGUAAACGUGUGGUGCAGGAGGAGCAGAGGAAAGGCGUGAUCGUGGCCACAGACUGUAACUUCUCUCUGGCCGUGGCUCAUCACGCCGUGGAGCUGAAGAUCCCGGUGUUCGUCAUCAUGCCGUCGGCGUGCACGGCUCCACGCCUCCGGGUUUACAGGGACUACGGCGCCAUGGUCAUCUCCUACGGCAGCACCAAUCAGGACGCACGCAAACACGCACGCCACCUGGCCCACGAUAACCAGUACCUGUACCUGGAAGAAGGGGAGCGGGAGGCGUACGUGGCUGGCCUGGGCACCGUGGGGCUGGAGGUUCUGGAGCAGGUCUCUAAAGUGGACGCGGUCCUGGUUCCUGCCGCGGGACACUACGAGCUUCUGGCCGGUACCGCUGCUGCCAUCAAGCACCUGAACUCACGCAUUCAAGUCAUAGGAGUCGAACCAGAAGGUUUUCCUCUGCUGCUUCAGUCUUUAAAAACAGAUGGACCGGUUCUAGACCUACAGAGCAGCCCCAACAAGAAACUCUACGGAGAUAUCGCAGAGUUUUCGUUGGGAGAAAACACUUUUCAACUUUGCAAGAAAUGUGUGGAUAAAGUCCUCGCAGUCAGCGAGGAGGACGCGCUCGUGGCAAUGUUGCGGUUCCAGGAGUUUGAACGCACCACGGUGGACACGGAGGCGGCCAUGGGGCUGGCGGCCAUCAUGACGGGACAGAUGUCUGAAUUCAAAGGGAGGAGAGUGGCGGUGGUGGUGAGCAGUGCUAACAUGGCCCUGGACCUGGUCCGUCAGUGCAUGGACCGGGCCCUGGUCCUAGACGACCGGGUCAGUAAGUUCUCGGUUCAGAUCGGGGAGUGGCCCGGAGACCUGGCCAAGCUCCUGGACACGCUGUCACGAGAGGACGUCAGGCUGUUAGACGUGUGCCAUCGGGGGCAGGGAGACAAGUCUGACCUCUUUAAAACUAAGGUGGAGUGUGUGGUGGAGACCCAGGACAGAGCACAGAGCACACAGCUGCGAAAGAACCUCAGCGACCGCUAUCCCACCCUGACCUGGCUGGAGCGGUGA